AUGGCACCAAAGCCACACGGCAGAUCACAGCGCAAGUAUGUGUUCAAUCGGCAAUGUUUCUUAUGUGGUCAAAGUAGCGGGAAUGCAGCAGCCUUCGGAACUAUCAGCGACGCUGCUCACGAACAAAAAUUUCGUUCUCAGAUAGAACUGAUUGUACCUGCAUUGAGCCAUCGAUUAUCACUCAUUGGGGAAAAUUUUCACCGUUCUUGCUAUUCAACACUUAUUGCAAAAAGAAGACGUGUAGAAAUCAAAAGAGGAAAACAAGCACAAUCGGUUACUCUAGAUGAUCAACUUUAUCCCUCAUUUCUGGCACAAGAUGAUGAAUACAAUUUCGGUUCCGAGCAUGCUGAUUUAUCCUCGGCGACAGCAUCAACUCGAAGAUUUAAUCGAAAACAACUUUAUUCACAACAAUCAUUUACAUUACCAAAUACACUCAAGUUCGUCUCAUCUGGCCACAAUGAAGUUGGUAAAUAUCUUAUUUUACCCAUAUCUGUUCUAAUACUCAUUUCUCAGAAAGACUAACAACUC